GAGGGCUUGUCAAGAAAGAUCCUAUUGGCCUCAUUUUUCGUUUUGCUGUCGUGUAUACAUGUAGCUAUAGAGGACAGCAAGAAAAGACCAAGUCUGUUGUUAUUGAUUGUGUUGUUGCUUACUUUGAACGAUGAUGACGGAACCGGCUCCUGACGAGCCUAUUCAAGUCGUCGUGUUAGAAGAAGAAGACGCAAAGGGAGCUGAGAGUUUGGAGAACGAAGAGAUCGAUGAAGAGGCUUAUCGUGAGUUUUCGUCGGAAACUGAACGUUUGCUGCCAGCUGAUGCGAAUAGCAGUGAUUUGGGCCACAGAAUGCGUGCCGAGAACCUUACAACCCGAGCGGAGAACCAAGCAAUCCUCGCGGAGAACAAGCAUUUGCGCUUCAAACUGGCAGACGUGGAGCAGAAACAGAUGGAAAUGGAGAAGAAAGUGCUGGAAAUGGCAGAUCUAGAGAAGAAAGUGUUUGAGCUUACCAACACAACCAAGAACUACGGCCAGAAAAUCGAAACGCUCGAGGCAGCCCAGGAAGAGACGCCAAGCAAAUGCAAGACACUGCCCGAAGAUACCUUCUCCUUUCUCUUGACCUCAUCAAAGGCCAGUCCGUCGUUUUGGCUGGGGACAGUGGUAUUUGUUUUCCAAAUGGCAAUCUUCGUGCUGUUCUAUCUGGACAUGCUUGCUCUGGGCGAAGAGGGCAACAAGUUUGGCAUUCCAGCCAACGCAAAUCAAGAGCUGCGUUUCACGCAAUUCAUUGCUAUCAUCGUUGCGAUUUUUACUCAAGGGGACUUGCUGACUUCUUUGGAUUUGUUCCAUGAUGGCUACUGUGAAGAUCUACACACGUUCUUUCCAAAGGCUACCCGUCCUAAAUAUCUGUAUUCACUGUUGGCACGGGUGGCUGAAGGCGCCUUUGGUCUCUUUGUCACGUUUCUUUUGAUUGUUACAAGUGAUACUGUGGUGAAUCUCCUGCUGAGUUUCACAGCAAUCGGAUUCGUUUCAAGCUUGGAUGAUAUCUUUUUCUUUCUCUCAGCGCAAGGAUUUAUAGGAAAGAAUUGCAAAAUUGAUGCUUCCAAAGUCACAACGACUGAGUAUCAGUUGGAAAAGAAACGAGGCCGCGCCGCGAAAAUCAUUCUUCUAUUGUCCAUACUUACUGGCCUGCUGGUUGGCUUGGGUGUUGUCGUAUCGAAUCAGAACAAUGGGGUUUACCUGUGUAAAACCAUAUUCGUCCAGCUUGGAGACGACUUUGUGGCAUCCAUGGGUGUCUUCAGUGGCCUGUAUGAUAUUCAGCCGGCCCCCUAUUCUCCCCUUAAGGAACGUCGCGUUGAGUAUGUGGAGCGACGCUCGCAAUUUAUUGGAACGCAUGUGGCGAAAUUUUCCUACUGUGAUGAGAUUGGGGCCUGGACGUUUCGCUGGGAAUCCUCGACGAACGAUGAAAGUGAAUCCUGUGAGAAAGGCUGGGAUGCCCGAUCUUCACCUACCGACACCUUUGAUAUCACGGACACAGCCUACAUCACCUGGUAUGUUCGUGAUGACACUGGGAGGCAGGUGCUGCUCAAUCCAUUUUAUUUGACUUGCUUUGAUUGCAAAGAGGACUCAGAUUGUGGAGGACAAGGCAAGUGCGGCGAAAAGGCUGUGUGCUCCUGUGACAGUGGCCGACAGGGUCUGAGGUGUGAACAUGAGCCCUGCACGAAGCUUACCGUGGACUUGCGAUCCCAAGAGUUCCUAAGCACCCGAGCUUGGGCAACCACAUUUGAGACGGUGCAGGUUUCGGCUGACCAAUACGUCGAGAGUUACAACCUUCCCAUUUAUGUCAAGGAGUAUCCUUCAGGUGUCUACGACAUCAUCUUGUUCACUGGACGGCGCUGGGCUCUAACUUUUUCAGAGGCCUUACCCCUGGGUGGGAGGAUCAGUGAUGAGGACUUGCAUGCAAUGAACCCAGAACGUGUUCCAAUGGGAAACUCCUCGAUUGCGAACUUCUUUAAGUACUUUUUCCAUGGCCAUGCCGCGAACUAUUCCGUGUCCUUCCUGACCGAACCCAUGGAUGCUGAAAGCUACACAGACUCCAGUACGCCAGUUGGACUUCAAUGGUUCACAGCAAGUGGGCACAAUCGUUUGGAUGAGAAUCAGUCACCUACUAAUGCGGUCGACACCCGGCUGGUAUGCCAGAUAUGCGACAGCAAGAGCAACCCGUGCCUCUAUGAUGGGAGAUGCGUCGAUGGGUCCUGUCAAUGUGCCGAUCCACCAAAAUCGGGUAGUCUCUGCGAGGUCCCUCCUACGAGGAAUGCUCAUUGUGAUGCUUUCUUUAAUACACAAGAGUUUGCCCUGGACGGCGGAGAUUGCUGCUCUGUGACUUGCUUGAGUACAGCAGAAAACAAAUGUGGCGAAGAGGAAAGUGGUCGUGUGAGCUCAGGAAACGUGCACUGCAGAUUGCCCCCAAACCAAUGGCUAGCCCAUGGCAAUCCGCUGAUGGGAGAAGAAGGUGCAAACUUAGGUAGCGCAGUGGCACUCUCAAAGAGGGGAGAUGUUCUGGUUGUCGCAGCAACCGGAAACAAUCGAAUCAGGUUGUACGACAGGGAUGGCGCAGAUUGGGUCGAGCGGCCCCAAUCCAUUCUGCUUGGUGAUAUCGAGGUGGAACACAUGUCUGUGGCGAGCAACCCCCGUUACCUUCUGGACACAUCCACUUCCCUCACCCCCCUCGUCGUCGCUGUUCAAGGCUGCGGAUCCGUCGUGGUCUUUUUUUGUGAAAUCAGGCGUUGCACCGAGACAAGCGUAUUCAAAGACGCUGUCGCAGCGGAUAUUUCCGAUGAUGGUUCCACUGUUGCUGUGGGGUUGAACCAUCCGUCUCGAGUAGAGGUGUUUUCGGUUGACUCCAGUGGAGACUUUCGGCCUCUGCCAUUCUCGUCUCCAAUUCCAACUAAGCGGGAUGAGUCUGGCCACCUUGUUGUUGCCCUGUCGGGCGAUGGCAUGGUACUAACUGUUGUCGAUGAGGUCGAAGAGGAAGGGUUUUCCGUUUUUGAAGGCGGCGGUGUGUCUGGUCAGCGGUGUGUCUCUGGUAGUUCGUUUUCACGACAAGAAUGUUGUGCGAGGCAUUGGAGGGGGUGGGUGCUUGAAUACAACGGAAUCUCUUACAUCCAACGAGGGCAAGAUCUAUUCAAGAAGGUGAUUGGAUCCUCUUUCCGGUUAGAAUCAGUUGCAAUGUCACGCGAUGGAAACUCUGUGGCACUGGAAUUGCCUACGGGCUCCAUCGAGACAGUGAAGACUGCCCGAGUGUGCUCUCCUGACGAUGAAGAAUGCGAUCCUCUAAACCCAGGAUCGACAAUCUCCCACAGAUGCUCUUGCAGUUCCAACAUUGUUGUCAUGUUUUGGGACGGCUUGAAUUGGAUGCAACAAGGAUCCAUCCCGACCAACAACGGUGGUUGCGGGUACAACAGGACGUUUGCUUUCGAUGGAUCUAUGCUAGCUGUUGGUCCAAGAAAGGGUUAUCAUCAGAGCGCUUGCGAAGUGUCCAGGUCAGACAUAAACAUAUUCACUUUUUUGCCGGGGCAACCUGCUCCUCCAACAGCUGCCCCAACAACCGGCACUGGCGUCGCGCCUAUUGAAGUCUUCGAAUGGAAGGGUUCGUCUUGGGCGCGGUUGGGGGAGCCAUUGCCCGCUUCUUCUGAGUCGGUGUCCUUGGCAAUCUUUGGAGGGCUGGACUCGGUUCUAGCUGUUGGCUUGCCCGACAGCGGGAUCAAUCGUGCGGGAGCCACAGAGGUUUAUUCGCUGAUUCAGAAAUGCCCUAAAGGCUCAUCCCGACUUCGAUUGUCUUUACAUUUGCAUGACGAGCCGCAGUGGAUAUCCUGGAAUGUCAUGAAGAACAGCACCAGAUCCAUCGCAAUGGCUGGUGAUGGCUACAGUGAAUCAAACCGAAGAAUGACAACGAUGGACGAAGCUUGCGUGGCAAGAGACGAAUGCCACGUUCUGACGCUGAAGUACGGGCCGGUCGGGCCCUGUUUUUCACCGCAAAUCACAAGAAACUAUGGAACGUUGCAGUACGAUCUGUUUCUAGGGGAUUUGAGAGUCGAGAGUGACUCGUUGAACGAUGGUUGGCUGAAGCAAGUUUCUGUUGGGGCUUGUUCAGCCUGCCCUGCUCGAAAGCAGCUCCUCAAGGUGCUGGUCUAUGCUUGCAUUGAGGCUCACUGGAGUGUCAUCGACUCCAGGGGUAUGGAAGUUGCAUUGUCUACUACCAAAGUUGCAGGAUCAGCCAAACUGCUUUCUGAAGAUGCUUGUGUCUCCAUUGAUGAAUGUUAUUCCUUUACCCUCACGACAGCACAGGAUACUUUGGGAACUUCGGUCUGGUUUUCCAUUUACCUAGGCGAUGACUUAGUAGCGAACCGGACAAUUGAAGAAGGCUCUGCGCUCAAUAGCAACAUCCGAUUUGGGUCAGCUUGCACUAGCGCUGCAGCAUUCCCGCCCGCUUCAACAGUUCCAUCAGUGCCACCAACUGAAUCAUCACAACCAACACAGUCAUCAGUUCCAACGUUUGGCCCUACAAAAUCAUCAGCGCCAACAAGUAUUCCAACAACAGCGCCAACUCCCACUGCACCAACUGUAACACCAACUGGAGUCCCUAAAAACGUUUGCUUGGUGGUUACCAUGCAUGCAGACAGCAACUUGGAGUAUUGGUUGAGGCAGGACUACAAGGAACUUUCUCUCUCUGCUGCCGUAAGAAGCCCGAAUAUUCGAACCUGGGUGUAUUAUGACUCGGGUCAAGGCGGAGAAGGCCUCCCCAACACCGUUGAUGCAGAUGGCAUCACUACUACAGGUGCUACUUUCGUUGGGAGCCGCUAUGUCACAUUUGAUCGAAGCAUCUGGACGAUGAGAGAAGAAGUGCGGUUACCCAAAGAACAAGACUCCAGCAAUGCAACAACGAUUCAGAGCUUUCUCGAGUAUGCGCUGGGGGAUUGUCUUGCUAACGGGUUUGAUGAUCUGAUGAUGGUGUUUUCCGGCUCUUCAGGUGGUGCUGCUGGCUUUGGAAGCGACGACAAUGGCCCGGUAGUAGGGAGGCUGUUGCCCAAUUCGAAACUUGCUUUUGCCAUUCAGAGCUCCCUGGCAAACACAGGGGGGCCAGACAAGCUUCAAGUUCUAGGUUUUGAUAGUGUGUUGAUGGGGGCGUUGGGAGCAGCCGAUGACUACCUGAAUGUCGCAGAAUACCUUUUGGCAAGCCAGUCAGUGACUCCUGGACAUGGAUGGGCUUAUGGGAAGCUGGGGCCAGCAUCGUCCGCACUGGAGCUGGCGACUCAAAUUCUCGACACCUUCCUAUACGAAACUCAAGGUUCCAGUAGUCACCAAAAUCCUAAGACCUUGUCCAUUGUGGAAAUGGCAAAAUUUCCAAGCUUCUUGGAGGCCCUUGAAACGCUCUCAGAGCGCCUGCAUGCUCUCUUGCAGUUAAAUGAUGUCAACGCGAUAUCCAUCAUUUCCAGAGCCCGCACUUGUGCUGUUGCUUUCGGAAACAUUUUGGACCCUCCUGGCGCUCGACGUCCAUCGGCGAUCGACAUUGGUAGUUACCUUGUCAAUCUGAUGGCUGGGGAAUGGGGCGACCCUUUGGUUCUCUCUGAAAUUGUGGCAGCCAAGGCAGCAUAUGACAGUAUGUUUGUGCAAAGAGGUUUUGGCCCUGGCACUCCUUCCGCCACUGGGAUGUGCCUUGAUUGGCCGCAGCGAGAAGUCUAUCAGGAAGACAAAGCUCUUUAUGAUCUCUUCCUUUUCCACCACGAGCACUAUGCCACCACUAUUGCACCAAAUUUCUAUGGAUUCCUUGCUUCGUUCCUUCGGAUGGAUCCUUUCAUCAACAACUCUACGGAGGUGCAAGCAUGUGCAACAACAGAGGCCAGCGAAGAAGAGAACAUGUCACAUCAAACAAUUGGUUGGCAAUGUGCAGCCAAUGAGUCGCUCUUGGAGGUGGCGCUGACGCCAAGUAACAGUGGAGUUGCCUAUGAUUUUCUAAUGCUUGACAACGAAACAGGAACUUUCGAAAAGAUCUCUUACCGCAACGAUGAUUUCAACUACUCUGUUGCCGAGAUCAUACCCAUUGGUUGCGUUGGCACAACUGAUCGAUGCAUUUUCCUCGAGGCGUCGCACUUGGAAGUUCUAUACUUUCCCACGGCUUCAACAGCUGGGCGUAUUGUCAUUAGUGUCGACAUUACGUACAGGAUAGGUGGCACGGGUGACAUCCCUGCAUGUCCAACUGAAGCAGAACUCGAUUCGCUGUACAAGGCGACGAUCGAAUUCUAUCAGCAAGUUUUCUCUGCCAGUUUCAACAAGACUUACGCCGGCCUCAUGGCAGUGAAAUUCAUAGAGAGGAAGGUGCCUGAUGGAUUGAACACCAACUUUCUGGCUGAUGUUGACUUUACGUUUCUGCCAACUACUGAUGACGUGGUGCUUGCGAUCGAGAACGCCGGCUACACGACACUGAUCAUUGAGAAAGUCUUGCCUAUUGGACCCUACUUUUCAUCCGUUUUAGGUCUUGAUCUUGUUGCCAGGGCUAGGGUUUUGAAUGAAGAUAAACCAGCCCCACAGAAUCGAACGCCCGGUCGUGCCGGAGACCAAUUCGAAGUUCUGUUGGAUGGAGUUGUAUUUGACACAAUUACUGUGGGUCAUGGGAAGGUCUACAUUGGGAAUUGCCUGGCAUGUCCAAACGGCACCACGUUGUUUGAUAUUGACAUCUUUGCCUGUGCGCAGACGACUUGGAGUCUUGUUGAUGAUUCUACUGGAGCUAUCUUGUACGACAGCGACACGGUUCAUGGCACCUUGUACAUUGAAGAAUUGGGUCCAAGUUCCAGUUGCAAUGGUACUGGUCCACUGCGUUUCUAUUCGAAUGAGUUCUGCCUUCCAACAGAGACAUGCUACGUCUUUGGUACCGAGUUGGACUUCAGUGGCUCGUCCUACAACUUUACUGAACAAUGGGUUGGCUUUGGAGACCAUGAGGCUUUUACCAAGGAGCCGGGCUCCGUCUUUCUCGGCAACUGUUCCUACAAAUUUAACGGCACCCUCGAAGGUUCCUUUUUUCCUGCUACCAGGUACUAGCUAGCUUAGUAGCUAUUACAGUAGCUACCUGGGGCCGCUUCCGUUCCUUCCGUACGAUAGACAGGCUCCUGUGAGCGUGGCUUGCAAAUGCACCAACAGGAUGAACCCCUGAUUCCAGAUCACUAUGACUACUUAACGAUUUGGAUUUACUGUUCUACUUUGUAUCGGUCAAUCCGGCAUUGUGUGAGAAUGAAUGAAUCCAAAUGUGAUGAGGGAAGCUAAAAGUCCAAGUAUAGAGGGAAAGUGUCAGCUCGGACAUGACAGAGCAAACAUGGUGACGGAGACGUAACUAGGAAAUGACUACCGCAACCACGCAGAUUAGCGAAGCUGCCGUACAUGUACUGAUAUGUGCGGAUACAGGAGGCUUGCAUUAUGUCCUUGGCAAUGCAACUUCUCUGUUUCAUGUUGUCCAUCCUGCCGUGCAGUACCAUGCUUACCGGUACGUAGCUACCGGUAUCGGUACCGUCCUUCCAAAGCAUUAAUAAAAGAACGGCAAGGACUUUAACCCUAACUCAAAAGAGCAAUGCUCUGCCGACGCCUCCACACGGCGGAGUGACAGGACCGUUGUGGAAAUCUUGAAUCGUGGGUAUUUCGCUGAGAGACUUAACACUUCUCCUAUAGGAGACGUAAGCUACUUAGGAGACAUGGUUUCGAAAUAGGAGACGUAUCCUAAAAUAGCAG